AUGUUGCCAUGUGUUGGCCGGGUCCAUCCUCUCCUUGCCUUUAUCUCAUUUGCCUUGCUGACUCAAGGGGAAAACUGUCCAGCCACCUGCAAGUGCCCGGACCCUCACACGGUGGAUUGUAGCGGUCGAGGACUCACUCGCCUCCCAGACGAGAUCCCCCUGGAUGUACGCAGGUUGCUGCUGUCCAACAACUGGAUACCACGCAUUCCUUCUGACUUUCUUGUGCUCUACAGUGACUUGGUGUAUCUGGAUCUCCGGAACAAUUCGCUCUCGCACAUUGAGCCAGGAACCUUGAGCCCAUCCUCCAGGCUAGUUUUCUUGGACUUGGGCAGCAACAACCUGACUAAGAUCCCGAAAGGAACAUUUGGUGAGUCCCGGAGCCUCAUCAAGUUGCGCUUGGGAAACAACCCUCACCUGAGCAUGGUCAAUGAGGAUGCCUUCAGGGGCUUGACCUCACUACGAGAACUUGAACUGGAGCGUAAUGCCCUUUCCAGUCUCCAGGUUGGUGCACUGAGCCAGCUGCCUUCUCUGCGGGUCGUCCGGUUAGAGGGCAACCCUUGGGUGUGCAAUUGCAACUUUGCCAACCUUUUUGCUUGGCUAGUUGAGAACAGCCACAAGCUUCCAAAUGGUACUGAGGGUAUGGAGUGCUCUUUGCCCACCGACGGCCGCCGUGUGCCUCUCAGUCAGCUCUCCCAGGACAGUUUCCGGGAGUGUCAGAUCACCCUGACCCUCACUGACUUCCUCAUCAUCAUCUUCUCGGGCAUCUCCGUGUCCGUGGCGGCCAUCAUGGCCAGCUUCUUCCUGGCUUCCACCGUGCACUGCUUCCAGCGCUGGAGCAAAGGUACCAAAGGUGAGGAUGAGGAGAGUGAAGAAUGA